CGUACGAGACCCGCGUUUGUACCAUCAAACACAGGUCACGUCGAUUACAGCAAGACCACGUUGACAGCAGCCAUCACCAAGGUUCUCGCUGAGCAGGGUGGUGCGCAGUUCAGGGACUAUUCUGAUAUUGACAGGGUUUCCAAAGAAAAGGCCACCCAAGAAGAUCACCUCUGGACACCGCGCUGA